CUUAAUUUUAACGUUCAUCCCUUAUCCCAAUCCGGAUAAAUGUGGCAGCAGUGAUUUCGCCCUUUUAACCCCAACCCCAAUACCCACCCCCUCCUGUUUUCUAUACAUAAACCCCCUCCUUCCAAAACCACCCUCACUUGUUCCUUUUCCGACCGUUCCCACUUCUCCGCUUCUUUUCUUCUUCAUUUCUUGGACUCCUCUUCUCCUUCUUCUUGCUUCUUAUUUCUGGUUACUUUAUCUAGGAGAGAUUUGUUUUCCUCGUGUUUCUACAGAGAAGGUUGCUUUUUUUCAUUUACAGAGAAAGAAAGCCUAUUCGUUUUCUUAGUUUCUUGGAGAAGCACAACAGGACUCCUGUUUUUGGGAGAAAAGAGAGAUUCACAAACAAAACAAUGGCCGGGGGUGGUUUUGUUACCACCGGUGAGGUGAAAAACUAUUCAGGAAGGAUGACCAUGUUCGUCCUCUUCACCUGUUUCGUUGCGGCCACAGGUGGUCUCAUUUUAGGCUAUGAUAUUGGAAUUUCAGGUGGAGUUACUUCCAUGGAUCCUUUUCUGAAAAAGUUUUUCCCUUCUGUUUAUGAUAAGAUGCAGAGAGAUAAGGAAUCUCGAAAUCAGUACUGUAAAUUUGACAGUCAGUUACUGACUACCUUCACGUCUUCUCUGUAUAUUGCUGGUUUGAUCGCCUCUUUCUUUGCAUCGUGGGUCACUCGCAGGUUUGGUCGGAAGCCUUCAAUGUUCUUCGGUGGUGUUACGUUUCUGGCUGGAGCCGCCAUUAAUGGUGCGGCUAAAGAUGUAGCCAUGCUUAUCAUAGGCCGCAUCCUUCUUGGUAUUGGAGUCGGAUUUGCAAGUCAGUCGGCUCCUCUAUACCUCUCAGAGAUGGCGCCCGCGAAGCUUCGGGGUGCCUUAAACAUUGGAUUCCAGCUCUUCAUCACAAUCGGUAUCCUGGCUGCCAACCUUGUGAACUAUGGCACUGCCAAUAUCAAGGGUGGGUGGGGCUGGCGUGUUUCUCUUGCGCUGGCUGCUGUCCCGGCUGCCAUCAUAACCAUUGGAACCUUAUUCCUUCCAGACACGCCCAACUCCCUCAUCGAGCGUGACCACCCUGACCAGGCCCACGCCAUGCUCAAGCGCAUUCGUGGCUCUGAUGACGUUGAAGAGGAGUUUCAGGACCUCGUUGACGCUAGCGAGGCCUCAAAGAAAGUGGAGAACCCGUGGCGUAACAUUGUUAGGAGGAAGUACAGGCCGCAGCUUGUGAUGGCACUUGCAAUUCCAUUCUUCCAGCAGUUGACUGGGAUUAAUGUGAUCAUGUUUUAUGCACCUGUGCUUUUUAAGACAAUUGGGUUCGGUAGCAAUGCAUCACUGAUGUCUGCAGUGAUUACCGGUGUCGUUAAUGUGAUCGCCACAUUCGUGUCCAUCUUUACAGUGGAUACGUAUGGGAGGAGAAUCUUGUUCCUGGAGGGUGGGAUUCAGAUGUUCAUUUCCCAGGAGAGGUAAAUCCCUAUUUCCAAGUUGAUGGUCGUUCUCAUUCAGAUGGAGGAUUAUAUGCAUGCUGGCCUUUAUGGGGAAAGCGAUUCCAUAUGUGGACCCCACCUAUUCAUAGUCUUUUGCCUUGAUAUUUAUAAAAGAGGGAUUAUAGAUUAAACUAGUGCUUAAUUUUAGGGAUCGGUUUGAAUUGUCAUCCUUUGGUUGGCUGAUUCUUGAUUUUAAUUUCAAACCAUUCACAUCUUUUUGAGAUAAUGACCAUAAUAUAUUUUAGAACUUUGUGAUUGCAUAGUAUCCCAACUGACCUUAAUUUUAUCAGAAUGAGUCAAAAAUGCUUAUUUUUAAAUUGUUCUAGUGACGUAAUCGAUUGAUCAAUCCUUGUAUGAUACUUUCGGUCAAAAGACCCAAUCAUGUCUAUUUCAUUAUGAUGAAGUGAGUACGUUCCCAUUUAUUUUCUCUAAUGUUUACCCAAUUUAAGCUUCCAAUAUAUGGCCUUUAUAUGGGAAUUAACUCCUAAUACAAUUUUCUUCAACUUUGGUAUUGUUUUUGGAUUGGGCAAAACUUACACAUGGAAUUAACUCCUAUCACAAUUUCCUUGAGAUUAGGUGUUGUUUUAGGAUCGGGCAAAACAUACACAUUCCCUUCUUCGUUUAUUUACAUCUUAUUUCACCGUGCCAAAGCCUUGACCACGUCUUUCCCAAAUUCAGUCCGGAAUGAAAAACUUUCAUAAGAUUCUUGAUAUUCACUUUAUUUCUUCUUCUUCGUCUUUGGUGUUACCGAGUGGAUUAUAAGAAGGAAAAUGGUUUCAUGCAGCGGGGAUUGAAUUUCUACAUGUGCGGUUCGAAGUAUAAAGUAUCCAUCCUAAAGAUGGAUGCAAAUAGGUGGUCAAUCUAAAAACGCGGUUUAAAGUAUAAAGUAUCCAUCCUAAAGAUGGAUGCAAAUAGGUGGUCAAUCUAAAAACAAUUGAUACUAAUUGUUAAAAUUUUGAAUCCUCUAUAUUUGGAUUAAUUAUCAAGAAUAUAUAAAGUCUCGUAUAUAUAUACAGCUAAUCAGUUAUCGAUAAUGGCGAACUAAUCUAAGUCUUAUCAAGAGAAAUAUCUACAUCAAACACAAGAUAACUUAAAAUUAAAAACUAUCAUCAAUUAUCUCUAUCUCCUCAACUAUCUCUAUCUCUACACUCCCUAUCAAACUGAGGAUGGGUGAACAUCAUCAGUUUGUCAACGAGAUUGUUACGACGAGCACGAGUGAUUGCCUUGGUAAAGAUAUCUGUAAGUUGUUGGGAGGUAACAUGUGGGGGUGUAACUUCUCCAGUCAGACAUUUUUCACGAAUGAAAUGACAAUCAACUUCUAUAUGCUUUGUGCGGUCAUGAAAUACUGGAUUUGACGCAAUACAUAUGGCAUUGAUAUUAUCAGCAUACAAUGGUGUAGGAGUUAGAUGAAGAAUAUUGAGGCCUUGUAAAAAGCCUCUCAACCAAGUAAUUUCACUGCAAGCUGAGGACAUUACUCGAUAUUCAGUUUCUGCAGAAGAUUUAGACAGUUUGUUGUUUCUUACA